GCCAAGGCAGCUGAGUGAGGAUAGAGCAUGCGCGGGCCUUCGGCGGCUUCUUCGCCUGUGCGCCUUUGAUGGGCUAGUAGGCCUUGAGAGGAGCCCUCUGCGUUGCUUCCACAUUUCGGGCUCCGGCGCUGGCACAAGCGGAGGAGAAGGAGGGGCCGGGGAGAUUCGCUGCCUAGGCCUGGCCUGGAUCAGAAAUGGUUCUACUCCAUAUUAAGCAUGGCGAUGAAGACCAAUUUCUGCUGAAGGAAACAUGCAGUACUUCCAUCGAGAAUUUAACACAAGAAGUAACUAAGAUCUACAAUGGAAGGCUCAAGGUUCAGCGUGUUUGUGCAGAGAUGGAAUCUCUCGCAGAACAUGGUAUUUUCUUGCCCCCUAAUAUGCAAGGGCUGACAGAUGAACAAAUUGAAGAGCUGAAACUAAAGGAUGAAUGGGCAGGAAAAUGUAUACCUAGUGGUGGAAGCGUUUUUAAAAAAGAUGAAAUUGGACGGAGAAAUGGCCAUGCUCCAAAUGAAAAAAUGAAACAGGUUUUAAAAGCAACAGUAGAAGAAGCUAAAGCACUAAUAUCUAAGAAACAAAUUCAAGCCAAUGUGUGUGUUACUAUUGACAUGGUAAAAGAUGCACUGGACCAGCUUCGAGGAGCUGUUAUGAUUGUUUACCCCAUGGGCCUCCCUCCAUAUGACCCAAUUAGGAUGGAGUUUGAAGAUAAAGAAGAUCUAGCAGGAACUCAUGCUUCACUUGAGGUGAUUGAGGAAUCAGAGGCGCAACUAUGGUGGGCAGGAAAGGAGCUGAAGAAAACAAACCAGCUUUCUGAUUAUGUGGGCAAAAAUGAAAAAACCAAAAUUAUUGUUAAAAUACAAAAAAAAGGACAAGGAGCUCCAGCCCGUGAGCCUGUCAUCAGCGGUGAAGACCAGAAACAGAUGAUCCUCUUUUAUCACAAAAGACAAGAGGAGCUCAAGAUGACUUCAACCUCUCGGACCUUGGACCUUGGACUGGAACUUGACUCGGCUUUGCUCUUCGUUCUCAAACUGCGGUUUGGUGUCAUUCCCAAUUCUGUGGCUGUCUGACUACUGCCUUCACUCCUGACGCGGACGCUGACUGCUUAUCCCAACUUCGGACCGGCUUGACGAUGUCUUCCCACUCUGCCCCUUUAACUCCUGGCUUGGUGUUUGCUUCUGCAGCGGCUUGACUCUGCCAACUUAUCUCGAUUUCGGACCGGCUUGACGAAGCUUCCCUGUUCUGUUCCUUUAACCUCUGUUUUGGUGUGUGCUCCAACAGCGGUUUGCUGCAGGCUUGCCAGUGUCUCGCUCUCCCGCUGGCUUUGCUGCUCGCAACUGAGAGUUCGCCAGAAUGGUUUGAGCGUUUGUUUGUUUUUGAACUCCUUUUGAACCUUUAAGUUUUUAGAAGAGCUUGUGGGCUUCGAUACUGCUUGCUUUAGCUUUUGCCUCCAUUGCUUAGCCCAUUGUGAACUUUUGGGUCAAGUCCAGGAACUUUAGGUUUAACCCGGAUUAUAUAUCUGGUUAAUCCGGUUUAUUUGCUAGCUUUUGUUUUUUUUGGAGUUUUUCCUGCUCAUUUUGCUUAAUAACACUGAAGUUAAGUGUUUCAAGCCUUUUUGUGUUUAUUGAGCUAUUUUUUGGACAAUUGUUUAAAUAAACUAUUUUGCUCUCUAACUGGCGUCUGACUUUUGAUAACUAUUGUCUGUUCUGAAUAGUCAUGGCAUGUCUGCACCCAUUCUUUAGUAUGUACCAUUUAGAUACCCGCAGUCAAUAGUAUUUAUGUUGCAGGUAUUAGCUGAAAUAACAAUAUAUGACCUGCCUGAAUUACCAGGCAGGGAUGUUACGACAGCAGACGCUUCCUCCCCCGCCCGCCCUCCAUCUCCUGGGACUUCUUGCGUCCUGUUCACUUUGACACCUCUGAGGUGCCCAGCCAAUCAGGGCCGGACUCCACCCUGAGCCCUGAUUGGUUACCCCCACACCGGCCUCGAUCUGCCGUGGUAGAUUUGAAGAGGUGCGCUGGCUCUUGGACCAAGGCCUCUGAGCUGCACCCUGUCUAUCACCCUGUGGUUAUUUAACCUGUGUUUGGUGUUAUUGCUAUUUUACAGUCAUGUUCUUUCAUCACAACUUGGAGUAUUUGGCAUGGGCCCUGGAUCCGGUUUGUGUACCUCCCUCCCCUAAUUGGAACGGGGGGAGGGGGAGUGUACAGGCGGUUUAUUAGGGAUGUGGCAGUACCAGUGUCCUGGGAUGGAACUGGUUGGAAAAUGGCCUGGGACCUCUACCGUUGUUUGGUGCAAUUGGUCAGCAGUGGGCUGUCGGAUUCGUGAUCCAGAACCCAUGCAUAGCUGCCAACUCCGUUUGCAUUGUAAUCAAUAAAGUUGUGGUCUUUGGUUAUCCCAACACCAUAUAUUCAUCUAUUUGUACCAGGAGAAUGGGUGGAGGAUGGUCGUCCCUGCCCAUGCAACAACUAAUCUUUCAAAGAGAACUUUGAAUUCCACAAACUUAGAGGGGAACUUGGCCCAAAUUGUAUACUUUAAAAACCUCAAAUAAGUGCUAAUAUAGUCUGAAUAAAUUCCUCAAGGGGAACUAGUCUUAUGUUUAAAAUAUUUGUUUGCUUUUGUUAUAAAUGGCAAAGGAAGGGAAAUAUGAAGAUCAUUUUCUUUGAUGGGAGGCUUUCCAGAUAGCUUCUAUUGGCUUUAAUGGAUGUCUAUAUAGAGAAACACAUGAAAUUGCAUUGUUUUUGUUUGCUGUGUUCUUUUAGAAGAAUAAAUAUAAAAAGUUGAUAUACA